AUGCUAAGCCGUAUGCUGGCUGCAUGCCUUGGCGCCAGCUCCGUGAUGGGCCAGUGCCCGAACCAUCCUCACCUGGAUCUGUGCUCUGCCUCGACAACCGCAGAAGACAUGGACGUCAACGGUGGAGGUCGCAACUCAGCCUGGAUGGCAUGGGCUCUGCCUUUGCUGGCCGCUCGACCCUCCUUUGUCACUGCUUUUUUCGCUCUCGCUGUGGCAACGGGUGCAGAUGCCCAGAGCGGAAUGUCCUGUGGCAACAUCCGCACUUUCUACCAAGCCCAGAGCUGUUGCGGGGAGUCGGAGCGGGCUCUCGACUUCAGCAGCAGCGAAGGCAGCAGCUUCAGCAACUCAGUUUGUGAGUCUGGCAGCCCGGUGGGGGUGUGCCACUGCGAGAAGGCCAUGCAGCUGCUGUCGCAGGUGGAUGGCGUGCAGUUCCCGGUCGAGUUCUGUGCCCACAUGGCUGCUGUGAAGCCCGUUGGCUUUCAUGACCAGCCUAUCUGUGAGGCUUCGGAUGCCGGCAACAAUGCUGCUUAUUUGGUGGACGGCAUGGCCGGCAACACCAACUUCCCACAUGGCAACAUCAAGGUGCUGGCGACCGUGGGCGAGGUCGAUCCCACGACAGGUGCCAUGCUCACAGGCUGUACUGUUCAAACGAAGCGUGGCGUCCCAGACGGCCUGGGGGCAUACCUGAAGGAUGCUAGCACGGUGCGGCUGAUCUAUCAGAGCGAAGCAUAUGGCCAGCCGCAUGAGCCGCAGAAAGACACCGGGCUUGUGACAUCCAACCCGGAGUCCUUCCCCUGGGCGGUGAACAGCAAGAGUGCUAGCUUCACCGGGUCUCACAUCCACUACAUCGACUACGAUCGCAGCAUGCUGGCCAGCUUCAUGGACGACAACGCGCCUUCCAAAGCGCAAGGCAUGGUGAAAGGAGCAGGCAAUGCCGUGAGCAAGGCCUACAACCUGAAGCGGGAGCUUGUGGGGCCGCGGAAUCGCACGGGCGACGGCCUCCAGCCCACCACUUCCAAUGUGCACGAGAGCAACGUGGACGUGAACGGCAAUUACAUCGUCGGGAGCACCGCCACAGCUCCCAGCAAAGCGGAUUGGCUCAUGCAGUCCCUCUGCUCGGCACACCUGGAGGUGAGGCACCAGUGGGGAAAUGGCAUGGGCGUUGAGGACGACCUCUUCAUCACCAAUGAGGAGUGGAUCACUUACCCUACGGACUCCAUGCCCAUUGGUUUGCCCGUGCAUGUCUUGAACCUGGCGACAGGCGAGCUUUGGGCCACGGCGGCUUUCACUCUCGGUGGCCAUGAGAAGGUGGUGGAAGUGAACAGCGGUCACAGAGACUACGUGGCCUUCGUGCCUUCAGGCUACAACGGCGCCUUUGGUCUUUCCGACGACUCUGCUGUGCUCGCUGCCCGCAACGCCGCGUAUAGCAGGACGGAUGGCAAUCCAUACGUGUAUCCGCAAGACAUCGUGCCUACGAAGCUCUACAUCGGAAAGAAGAACACGGACAAGGAUGGCAAUGCCCAGACCACGGACUUCAUGGCCAGGAACGGCUUCGAGUAUGGCGCGCUCUAUGGCUUCGCCGUGGACUGCAAUGCUGUGAAUCCUUCGCGAGACAGCUGGCACCAGUCAGCGCAGCGGGGCACGGUGGAGAGCUUCGAAAAAGACGGAAGCUGGGAGUUCCAGGAUGCUCCCGCGGGCGCUCCGGACGGCUGGUGCUUUUGGAAUUCCAAUGGCAAAGACAGUCGGGGGGCCAAGACGGAGCACGUGCUACUUCGGGAUCGAAUCUACGAUUUCCAGGGCCUGCCCACGCUGUUGUCAAAUGGCAUGCCGGACUCCAUCCCGGCAACCUACACAGUGCAUCAGCCCGAGUCCAACGUUGUCGACCUCAUUGAGCUGGGCGGUGCUGGCCUCCGUGCGGACGGCAACAACCAGACCAUGAUGCACGACAGAAGCCGUGACAAGACCACUUUCGAGGACCCGAGAGCGGUUGUUCUUAGGGGUGGGUUCGACGCUUGGUUCAGUUGGUUCGUGUCGUUGACUCGGACUGUUUUCCAGGACGUGGAUGGCAUGGAGUGGAUUGCUGCAGCGAAUGGGGAAGAUUACUUCGUGAUCCAUGAGGAUGGUGGGAACUUGUACGGUGAGCGCAAGUUCCUGGCCAAAGUGGGUGUCCCCAUGAAGUAUUACUUCGUGGCACAGAGUGGCGGCAGCCAAAACACCCGCGAACUGGCCAGCAUCAGCUCGGUGGCUGGCGUGCCUGGCAGGGCCACGUCCCAUGAGUUCUCCGGUGCCUUCGACCUCUCCGGGCUGCUCCGCAAGGAUGCGGCUGGCAACUUCGAGCUAACGGUGGGGGACGUCACCGGCAAGAAGCGAGCGCUGGAGGCCGCCACGCCCAUCAACGAGAAGAUCAUCGCAGUGAACCUGCAGGCACACAGCAACAAUGCCGGCUGGGCUGACACCUUCAAGACGGACCGUGUGGCUCAGGUCCUGGCAUACAAGCCAAGGGUGCCUGCGUAG